AUGUAUCUAUGUAUGUUAUAUAGAGAAACAUGAAAUAUUAAAUUCAGUAUCGUCUCGUUAGUAAUAAAUAAUUAUCGGGUGUUUAAAGUUUGCGUGGAACAUUGAAGAUGACGUCAAUAUUUAGGAAUAAUUUCAACGAACCUCGACGUCUAACUAUUUCACCUUGAUAGAAAUCAACCUAAACCCUUAAAUAUCGACCUAGCGAACAUGGACGAGCGUUUUCAUCGGAGCCAUCGGAGAACUUCUAAAGUAAAUGAGGGUGGCACAACUAUUACUGUGGUGCGUACUACUCGAAGAUUAUGGUGGCAAUCUCGGCAGGGCGGCAAUUACCAGUGACUCCAUACGACAAGACGCCGCCUCUGCCUCUGCCUCUGCCUCUGCCUCUGCCUCUGCUGCUGCCUCUUCCUCCUCAUCCGCAACGAAUCCUACUUUACCAGAUGCCCCAAAUUUUUCAGAAGCGAUCGGUAACGUGACCGCGGCCAUCGGCAAAGAGGCAGUCCUAUCCUGCACAAUCCGGAAGCUGGGUAAUUACAAGGUAGGAUGGCUACGAGUAGAGGAUCAGACGAUAUUGUCGAUGGGUCAGCGAACGGUGACCCAUUCAGCCCGUUUCCUAGUCACCAUGGAAAAGGCCAAGGCAAAGAAUCAGACCCGUUCGAGAGAGGACGAGGAGGCCACUUGGAGCCUCCAUAUUCGCCAACUCAGGAAGGCCGAUCGAGGUUGCUACAUGUGCCAAAUCAACGCGCAGCCCAUGUUGAGCCAGCUGGGAUGCGUCGACGUCCUAGUUCCCCCUGACAUACUGAGUUCUGGUACAUCGGAAGGAGAAGUCUCGGUUUUAGAAGGGGAAAACGCAACACUUUCUUGCAAGGCAUCGGGUAGACCAGCCCCACGAGUUCUUUGGAAAAGAGAAAAAAGUGAUUUCAUUCUGAUGAGAGGCCUUCACGAAGCUUUAGUUCAAGUGGACAGCCAGUCCGGCGAGAAGCUGGAAUUAACGAGGGUAGACAGGAGGCAAAUGGGAGCUUAUCUUUGCAUAGCCAGAAACGAAGUACCACCGACAGUCAGCAAAAGAGUCUACCUCAGAGUGAACUUCGCCCCAAGCGCAAAAGUACGUAAUCAAUUGUUGGGUUCACCGUUGGACACGGAUGUCUCAUUGAUCUGUUCGAUCGAAGCUUAUCCAAAGACGAUCAACCUGUGGACCCGGAAGGAACAAGUGAUCAUGAGCGGCGGAAGAUACGAGAUCGACGAACGUAGCCAACCGGAGGAAGAAUGGAAGACUACGAUCGAGCUCAAGAUAAAGCGUCUUCAGAAGACGGAUUUAGGAGAAUACACGUGUUCGGCAUCCUCUAGUAUGGGAAAAGCCGCAGCCACUAUCAGGGUAUAUGAGAUAGAACGUGCUACGUUACCAACACGUGCGACCUCGGCAACCUGGAAGAAACAGAACAAAGGUGGUAAAUCAAAAACCGUUCUUGGGGUCUCUACGGUCAAUCGAGUUUUCCCCCAUCUGAGCACUCCGGCGAUGCAGAAGAGCACGUCCCGAUUGAUCUUCGGUAACAAAUACUCAACGACAUCGACUACCGUUGAUCCACGUGCUGGUGGUUCGUCGAUCGUCGUAAAAGGGAAUAAUGGUGGUUACAACGAUGAGGAAAAAAACGAAUCGAAGGAAGAACCGAAGGUAGAAAACGUCGCUAACAUCGGCAAUUUUAUCUUCAACAAACAAAUAUAUACGAUCUGCUUAACGUUUUUAUCGACCAUACGAUAAAAUGGGUUAUAUCUA